AUGAACGAUUUCGUGGAGGGUACCACGUUCGAGGGUAUCGUGCGAUACGUGUUGAAGAAGACGAAGAUGACCGAAGCGCGCGCCGGCUACCUGGUAAUGGAGGUUCUCAAGGCGGGAGUCGCCCUGGGACGGAUCAAGAGGACGUCUCAUGGCACCUAUGUCCUGGCGACGGAGAGACCGGGCUCGAUCACGCACAGGAUCAGAGAACCGCGAUUCAGCGACGACAGCGACGACAACGACCGCGAAGUCUCGUCCGAGGGGAGCUGGUGA